AGUCAUACCAAGCAUAGCCUGCAUGUCAGUGCAGUUAACUUGCAGCGGGCUGUGAGGAGAAUUAGCAUGUCUUUGUCCUAGGAAGUCUUGUUGCUGUUUCAGUUUCCCUCCCUCAAUUUGGAGUGAGGUCUAUAAGCAAUUUUAAUUGCAACUGCGGACACAGUAUACUUUAAACUCUCCGUCUCUUGUCCUGAGGCCCUUAAAAAGGGCUUCCUCCCUCCUCCCCCCCCCCCCUUUUCCCCAAUUCGUUUUUAAUAUACUUUGUUUUGAUUAGUUGGAGGCUGGGCCUUGAGCUUGUGGAACUCGGAAAAGAGCCAGGAGCUACUCAACAGCAUUUGCCUGUGUUCUUGUCGCUGUUUUGGGGGUGAAAGCAAGCAAGCUGGUCUUCUUUGCUAACCCACUAAAUGCUAUUUAUGAAGAUGGACCUGUUGAACUAUCAGUACUUGGACAAGAUGAACAACAAUAUUGGCAUUCUCCGACAGUAUGAAGGUGAAGCUGCUCUAAGAGGAGAACCCAGAAUGCAGUCCCUCCCAUUAUCUGCUGCUGUAACCAACCAUAGGACAGGGCCACCCCCUAUCAGUCCUUGCAAGAGGAAGUUCAACAUGGACCAAGGAGAAGAUGACCUAGACUGUGAAAAUGAGCAUGUCUCUAAAAUGAGUCGAAUGUUCAGUCCCCAUCUAAUGAAGACUGCCAAUGGGGAUUACCGAAAAGAGCACAGAGAAAGAAGUCGGAGUCCAAUAGAACGGGCUGCUGCACCAACAAUGAGCCUCCAUGCUAAUCAUAUAUAUGCCUCAAUCCCAAGUUUAACCAUGGAUCAACCUCUAGCACUGACCAAAAACAGCAUGGAUGCUACCAGGUCUGUGAGCAUCACUCCUGCAAUGACGUCGGUGGAACGGCAGCAGAACCGUCCCUCUGUAAUCACAUGUGCCUCUGCAAGCAACCGUAACUGUAAUCUCUCACACUGUCCAAUUGCACACAGUGGAUGUGGCGCCGCCAUACCAGCCAGUUAUCGGAGACCAUCUAGCACUACCACUGCCUGUGACCCAGUGGUGGAAGAACACUUCCGAAGAAGCCUUGGCAAGAACUACAAGGAACCUGAGCCAGUGACAAACUCUGUAUCCAUCACAGGAUCAGUUGAUGACCACUUUGCCAAAGCACUCGGAGAGACAUGGCUUCAGAUUAAAGCUGCAAAGGACGGCGUGUCCAGCAGUCCCGAAUCUGCCUCUCGGAGGGGCCAGUCAUCUUCUCCCCCUUCCUCUCACAUGGUCAACCAUAACCAUUCACCUUCCGUCGUCUCAUGAAGAGGAGGACCACAGUUUCUUCACCCAAACGUGAAUUUGCAUGGUUUGACUGAGCUUGCGAAAGUGCUCAACAACAACAUAGUGUUUGGGAGGGAGGCUAUGAGAGGAGAUUAGUCUGAACACACGUUUUGUGUGUAUUUGCUUGUUUUUUGUUGUUUUUGUUUUAAUAUGUGUGUCCUUAAAAGAUAGCAGGAACUAUUCGAUUAAAAAUUAAAUCCUAAGAUGUAGCACUCUUUUUUUUUCCUGCCUCAGUUACCAAAGAAACCUCUGAUGCAAAUCUGCUGCCCCCUUUUCUUAAAAAACAAAACAAAACACAGAAACAAAUUAAUGAGCAAAAAAAGAAAAAAAGAAAAAAAAAGAAAGAAAAAAAAGAAAAAAAAAGCCAUUCUGUACAGUUGGUUGACCCAAAUGCUGUGUGCUUGGAUUAGCUUCUUGAGAGUAGAAUCGUGUCUGAAUUUUGCUUCCGUUGCUUUUUUUCCCCCUUGUGAAGUACUUUUGUAUGUAUAUACUUGAAAAGAACUGUCAUGUAUGAUUUGCACUAUUGGAGGAGGUCUAGAGUUGCAUAGCAACUUCAUGCACGAUGCUUAUAUUCUGAGGGCAAACUGCUUGGGAAAAAAGUCUAAAGAUACUGUCUGUCUCUCUCUCUAAAGUAAGAAAGCAAUAUUUGCUUAGGAAGGGGAAGUCUCAUACAGGUUAUCGGUCUUUCUCUCUUUAGAUUUCAGGUGCUGAGUGCUUGCAACUGGACUGCAGAAUUGACUGAUAAUGGGCAUUUAAAUUUCCUAACACUGCAGUUUGUUAGACUAGAGCUGAGUCAGAGGGUUCAAUAGUGCUUAAAGAUGCAUGUUUUAUGAAAAAAUAGCUGGUAUCUAUUAAUGUAUAGACAGUAAAAUAUAUAAUACUUACUAGCCUUUGUUCAGAAUUAGGUUUUUUUUUUCAGUAACAGUCCUAGAUAGACUUACUGCUGGUACAGUUGUAAGCUGAUACUUGUAUUUGAUACUCACUUUAGUAGCAGCCAGCAACCAUGGACCGAUGUUGCCUCAGGUCAGGCCUCAAAUGAAGCAGUUUAUAUCCAGUGUUGUGAGCUAAGGAUGCUGUAGUUGCAGUCAUUACAGAAUAAAUAAUUUACAUUCACAGCAUCAACUGCUUAAUACAAAUUUACUUACUGAAAAAUUAAAAAUAUUAUGUAAGCUAACUAGUUGUAAGAACUGCUAUCAUGGUAAAUAUUUUGCUUAAACAAUAGAUUGUGAAAUGCAAUCUUUAAUUUUGAGGCUGCUUAUAAAUCUAGGCCAAGGCACCAUACAUUCCUCCAUUUAAAAAUGUUUAUAAGAUGUUAGUUGCAUUUAUUUCAUUUGCUGUAUUAAUAGCCCACUAACUAGGUAAUAGAGGCAGGCAUAAAGAACAGACUCGUGUAAUGAGCUUCUCAGCUUUUUGUUAAAUGCAGCAACUCACCCCCCAUAUAUAUCUAUAUCUAUAUCUAUAUAUCCCACACAUUCCACAUCCAUCAGUACAGUUACAACAAGGCCUUUUGAGACGGGGUUGAUUGAAAAGAGUGGCUCUAUUAAGGAAGGUUAUGAAUAGGUGAAAGACAGAAGAAAUACACGUGAUGUAUUCCGGACUGUUUCAGUAUUGGGGCCAUACCAGCUUUGGCAUUUUUUAAAUGUUAAAGCUAUUGAAUAUGAAAAAGGUACAGGGUAGAAAAGACCAGCAAAUUAUCUGUUUUUUUCCCAUACUGAGUGGGCUGCCUUUUUUUAAAGCAGGAAAAGGACAACAGAAGCUCCUCCCUCAUCACAACUUUCACAUAUUUCAGUAUCAGCGUUCUGGGUAGUCAGUCAGUGAUCAGUCUCCUUGGCAUUUGGUGCCCUACUCCCUGUAAGAAAUUUGCAGAGAAACACACUUUUUUAUAUAGGUAACUUUAAGACCAUCAUUACGCUGUGCGUAAAGAAUGUACAGAGAAAUUUGUAGGUAUUUUUUGAGGAACAAUUAAUUUGUUAAUGAUAUGUAGCUAUUUAAUUUUUCCCUUUCCUUUAUUGUAAUCAUUCUCUCUCUCUCUUUGUCUCUCUCUCUCUCUUUCUCUCUCAGUCUGUUUGGAGAAAAAAAGUUGAUCUUUUUUUGUUUGUAGAUGUCUGUAAUACAGUAAAAGUGCAGGAACACAGUUAUUCUAUAAGAACACUGCAUUAGCAAUUAAUAGCCACUAGUGUGUUGUUGCUACAGGCUACUGAGCGGUCUAACAGGAAAGUACUAAUGACUGUAGAUAGACUCUGUGGGAUAUGUAACUCCUUUGACCAUGAUUUGAAGCACAAUAAUACAACAUUAUACUUACUUAUCUGUGAUAGGUAAAUAGAUUUGUGGUGGGACAGAGAUUAGCACCCCAGUCCUACCCACAAAAGCAAUACCCAUUUGGAAACAACUCUGCAUUGAUUUUGGUGGAACGUGCAUCACAGUAGGCACAGUGUGUCGUGUCCUGUGUGUAAUCAUUUGAGAGAAAAAUACCCCAUGGGAAAUCCAGUUACCUUGUGCAAAUGAAAGGGGUUAGGGUGGGAAGAGGAGGUGGGACAUUAACUGUACUGUUACAUAAAAUUUUUCACAGAGCCAUGCUAUCUACAGUUCAGCUUGAAUGCUCUCCAUGUUUGUAAAUCUGUAAUAUAUCAUUCUUUUGUGGCCUUGUUGCACCUGGCAAUUUUUAAAAAAGGUUUGGCAGGCCAUCUUUUUUUGUACUUAAAAGUAGCCUUAAUGAACAAUAAAGUGCUCUUAAAUCUUA